AUGAUCGCUUUUCCUUUGUUGCCAAGUCCCUCUAUUGAUCCGUAUCCUCGUCCUCGUCCAGUGUAUGGCAAUCCAACAUUACCCAUUACAAUUUCCCUGAUCAAUAUCUGCUUCGUUGUGUUAUCGAUCGUUUGUUUCUGCCUAAAAACACAUCCAUACCUACGAAUACCGGAUAUUGAUGUCGGUCCUUUAAAUGUCAGCCAUCCUAGGACAGUUUACGUUGGAAAAACAGCAACUAGGCCUCAUCCUUCUUUUUUCUACGUUGAAUUGGUUUGUAACAUGUGGUUCUCCGGUGAAUUUCUAACACGGAUGUUGUUUUGCCCGAAAGUCGGUCCAUUUCUCAAGACUCCUGUGAACAUUAUCGAUUUUAUCGCCACGAUAUCGUUCUAUAUCGACUGGGGACUGGACAGCGCCCUGUCUGGCGCGAAUAGGGAUUCGGUAGAGUUCUUCUCGAUCAUUCGAAUUCUUCGACUAUUCAAACUCACACAACAUUCUGUUGGUUUGAAAAUUCUCAUACAAACGUUUAAAGCGUCCGCGCAGGAAUUAUUUCUGCUUGUAUUCUUCGUUCUUCUCGGAAUAGUCAUAUUUGCUGCACUCGUAUAUUAUGCAGAAAGAGUUGAAGAUAAUCCUGAUAAUCAAUUUGAUUCGAUACCAGUCGGUUUGUGGUGGGCGGUGAUAACAAUAUGUACAAUUGGAUUUGGUGAUUUGGUGCCGAAGACCUAUUUGGGUAUGCUAGUCGGUUCGAUAUGUGCACUAAUGGGUGUAUUAACAAUUGCCUUACCGGUUCCUGUUAUUGUUUCAAAUUUUGCUAUGUUCUAUUCACAUGCACAAGCAAGAUCUAAACUACCAAAAAAGAGAAGGCGUGUCCUACAACCACAUGAAAUCAAGCCAAUAGUUGGACGAUCAACUACGGCAGCGUUGUUGAACUCUCUAGGACCGAAGCCUUGCCCAACACACAUAGGUGACGGACUAGGAGCACUUGCGGCUACACCUCUUCUAGUGUGUCCGAGUCCAGGCGAGAACGUUCGCAAAGGCUCGGGGACAAAAGCAAACAAAGUGUUAUAG